AUGGAAAACAAGCAAGAAGACCAAUCUCCUCGGCCUCCUGCCCAGCCCCUAUACUUCAGCCACUCAAGGCUUCAACCGAUCGCACGACCCCUCGGAAUUCCCCGAGCUUCUCCCUGGCAUCGAAAAUGCUACGUCGAGCAUGCAAAGGACAAUAGCACUCAGCAACCAGACUGGCUUACUCCUGGUGGCCAGCAGCGUAUGCGGCGGCAGCAGAGGCGUCGAAACGCCAACAUCUUCGCCAUCAACAAGGUGUUGGAGGAACAGCCGAGGGCCAAGCAUUCAGUCCCUUAUACCUUGGCGGCCUUAAAUCACUCCGCACCUCCGGUCUAUGUGGACGGCGACCGCCCACAAGUCAAGGUGUCUCUUUGCGUGGGAGACAGCCUCCAUGCAGCACAGCUUCUGGGUGCAGAGCGCGUUGGCUUCUCGGGCGCUUCCGGCACGGCGCAGGCGGCUACGUGUCGUGUUGGCGUUCUCAACAUGGCUCCCGCGGAUGGUGGGCUGCGGACCUCGGGUGGCUGCGACCUUGAGAGGGGCAAGGGUUCUGAAAGGCAGCCGAUGACGGACCACCAAUCCUUGAUGGAGAGGACUACACUCUACCAUGGGCUAAAAGACCUCGAUGAGUGGGACUUUCGCGAGCCGGAUAAUUUCACGGUUCAGGAGAACAUUCUUGUAUUUGCGGAUUCCGAGGACAACUUUGGCCUCGGCGACAACCAAAACAAGCCCAAGAUGCUGUCGGCAGGUGGCCAGUUUUACAUCGAGGUCGUGACCGCAGCCAUGUUUCGGACCCAGCGCCUCGAGGUUCUGGACGCUCGGUCAGGGCAGUUUUCUAGGUUCGCUUGGAGGAACGGGCUAAACGACGUCGCGUUCUUCGGAGGACAGUUCGGGGAUAACUUGGCACCCGACGUGACAGAACAUAGCCCGGAUGUUUUCCCUGCCUACCAGGACUACUGGGAGGCGUUGACGCUCAGGAUGCGGACGGUUCUGCGUCUGUUUCGCCGUCAGGGCGUCAACAAGAUUGUGUUGGGUGCUUGGGGAGUCGAUGGUCUAGGCCAUCACAUCAGCGACGUCGUUGAUGCCUGGAAGUUUGUCAUUCUGGGAGAGGCGCCGCCUAGGUAUAUGAAGGGGCUGAAGGCCAACGAAAUCCCAGCCGCCGAGGGUUGGGAUGGACUCGAAGUGGUUUUUGCAGUAAAGAAAAGGGAAAAUGCAGACGACUUUCGGGGCUGGUAUGUAACGAAGCUUGAUACCUUGGAAUAA